AUGAUGUCUCAAGUUCAUCACGAGGUGAUCAUUAAUAAUUUCAAAUACGAUGAAAAUUCUAGCUCACCGAGUAUUCAUUGGAGAGAGCCUGUAUUUGAAUAUCGUUAUGGAUUAUUUCCUUUCUCAAAGGAUGAACUCUUGCUUCAUAUCCGAAAAGAAAUAACGAAUAUCAAUCAUCAAAGUACGGCAGAGAAAAUUUAUUAUUCUGAUGAAAAUGUGAGAGGAAUUUAUAUGUUUGGCUCUAGGGUUUCGAAAACAAAUGUCAAUGAUUCUGAUUUUGACAUGCUACUAAUAGUUGACGAGUUGCAUUCAGAGAUGGCUAAAGAAGGAGGCUAUUCAAGUAACAUGCAAUACAUGCUACACUCAUCAAUUGAAUGUGAGGUGAAAAACAAAAGCAGUGGUGUCAAUGUUGUGGAGAAGUUUGAAAUUGAAGUGCAUUUGAUGAGUACAUAUUUCUUUGUGGAAUAUGUCUAUUCAGAACUUCCAAUAUUCAUGUUGAGCGCCCAACAACCAAACGCCGAUUAUGUUCUGUAUGAAUGUGCGAGAAUGAAACUAUGGAGACAACACUGGAAUCAAUGGUUUCUGAGGAUUGCGAGAGCAAAAAAUUCUUUCUUGCACGAAUUGAAGUAUUGUUUCAACAAAUCAUCUCGAUUUUGGAACGGCUUGAAAAAUGGAAUUUUCACAACGGAUCAUGGAAGAAAGAGCGCCUUAAAAAAGGUGAAAAAGAAUUUAGCUCAUGGUAUAAGGUACUGCAAAUUUGCAUAUCAAAUAGUUUUUGGAGGGUGUAUUUAUGAUUACAAAGAGACAAACAAAGUGUAUGAUGAUAUUGUUUUUAACACUGACCAUUACAAAACCUGGGAAGAAUACAAAAUCCAUGCAGAGCAGCAUUACAACAAGUGGAAUAUAGAAUUCAAGGAUGAUUUGAAAAAUGUUGUUAAAGAUGCUUUGGAGAAUAUGAAAAAAAUUAGCCCAAAACCUGGAUCAUUAACUAUUGUUGAAUUUUUAAAUCGCUACUUGGCUUGCUUUAAAGUGAAUGGAACGUUUAUUGACACCAACAAUAACGUGAUUCUUCGCCAUACUUUCGAUAAGAAUUAUUCAUUUCAAUAUUGCCACGGUCCUUUCUCUCUAAUGCGACUCUUUGCCAUCAAUGUAACGCCAAUUGAUUGGCAUGACAAUCCUAAUAAGGCUAAACUAUUCAAGCUGAACAUGGACUGGAAGUACAUCAACUUGGAACUCGCUUCGGUAUUUUAUGAAGUGUCAUCCUAUUUAGAGUGUAAUGGAACCAUUGUUGGAAUUACUAACAAAGAUGGAGGUCAUGAACAAUGCAUACAAGUUGAAUAUUAA